AUGGGCAUUAUACGUCGUCGGAAAACGAGACGGCCGCGACUGACGCUGAAAGUCCAUGCUUUGCAGGCGCACAAUGUGACCAUUGACAAGUCCGGCUGCAACCCUAUAUGUCUGGCCAUGAGCAACGGAGUUUUCAGCCGCACUGCGAAACAGAAGAACACCAGUUCACCGACCUGGAACCAGGUUCUGAAGCUGAAACUUCCGCAAACGCCAACGUCCGAGUACCUCCGAAUUGUGGUGUACGACGCUCUCAACAAUGCCGUUGAUGGAAGCGCUAUCGAGAACAUCCACUCACGCGGAGGAGCCUCCCACAACUACGACAGCUCCAAUAGAUACCUCUACUUGGGUGAAGUUCGGCUCUCCCUUCGAGACCUAUUUCGCCGUAAAGACCAGCCAACCAGCUAUAAGUUCCUGAAAAACUCCAGUUGGUACCCGCUGUUCAAUAGAAAUGCACUCAAAUCCAUGCACUACAGUAUUCAGAAUGCACCAGCUUCCCUGGCAGUAGGUGGAAUCCAAUUGGCCAUUUCCAUUACAUGCCCGCGAGGAAGCAGCUUGUUCAAAGUGUUCAACGAAUGGCAAAGCGCUCUAGCAAAUCACGACAGCCCUUCAUCAAAAAAUAGUCACGGCGGCAACACGAGCAAAAGCAGCAAUUCGGAAUUACCUUCGAGCUCCACAACCGUGAACCAUGUUAAUAGAUUCGGUCGUGAAGAUGACGAAGAUGAUGAAGAUGAAGAUGACAUAACGGACUUUGAAGGAAUUGUUCCCGCCACUUCGGGCACUGAUGAAGACCUCGAAACGCCAGAUGAUGACUUAAUAAGUUUACGAUACCUUCACGAGCAAUUAGACAAUGACGAUGACGAUGACGAUGAGAACGAUGACGAUGAGAAUGAUGACGUCGAUGAUUUAAGCUCCAUUGAAGAUGGAUUGGAUAGUCGGUCGGAACUCAACUUGGUCAAAAUGGCUACGGCACUAGACGAAUACGAUGUGGCCCUUUACAAGUGGGAUUACGAUUCUUCCACGGAACCAUCAAGAGUUGGUACCCCGCCCGUGAUAUCUGAAGAAAGUAACUUUUACGAUGAAGAUGGUAGUUCUAGCGAUGGCAAAGAAAGUAAAUACAUGUCCCUUAUGAAGACUCCGAGAAGACCGCAUCGGCGUCGUCGUGGGUUUGUCGACACAAACUUCGAAGUUUCCAGGCAUGGACAUGCAAUGGGGGUUGCUUUCAUGGACAUUGACAAUAUCAAUGAUCUCCCUGUCCUCAAGAAUAAAUUUUCCAAGAGAUACCUCAUGGAUCCUUUCAUAGUAAUAACUUUUGGUCGCAGGGUUUUCAAAACUUCGUGUAAGAAGCAUUCUCUUGAUCCGGUUUUCAACGAACGUCUAGCCUUCGAAAUAUUUGCCAACGAGACUAACUUUAAUUUCCACUUCCGAGUCAUCGAUAAGGACUCGUUUUCGUACCACGACAAUGUCGCUAGUGCUGAUGUGUCCUUGAGUGAUGUAAUGCAAAGGCAGCAACAGGUUGGAAAAGAUGACGAAUGGGCACAAAUGUGCAUCCCGUUACAUUUCAGUGAUUCUAUUGAUUCCUCUGCAUCUCAACCUGUACUCAACAUCAGGUUCAAAUUCGCCUCUUAUCAAGAUUUAAAAAAACAUUUUUGGGAAAAAGCGCUCAAUAGAACGAGUAGGCUGGAAAGUUUUGACGUUGUGGACGUGACCCUAUUGAUGGAAAAAUUGGGUACGUUUUCUAUCGAGGAGAUCCAUGAUUUCUUUUACUUUUUUAACAAAUCCCCUUGGUCUCACGAUAAACUUUGCAGAAGAGAGGUAGUUGACUAUCUACAGUCUUCUAAAGGCUUUUUGGGUUUUAAGGGCCUAAAAAGAUGUCCUCUAUGCUCCCGCCGUUGUAAAAGUUCAAGAAACGCUGCCAAUUCCAAGUUAAUACCAGAAAAUGAUCUAAUCACCCACUUGUCAAUAUGUUCCGCUGCUGAUGACAAAAAAAGGAUGCUCAAGCCUUCAUAUGUAUCAUCAGAUUUUGCAACAAAACGAUGGUUUUCGAAGUUUUUGAUCAAGCUCACCUACGGCAAAUACGCACUGGGAUCCAACAAUGCCAAUAUCUUGGUUCAAGAUAGAGACUCAGGUAUCGUACUUGAAGAGAAAAUUAGCGCUCAUGUGAGGCUCGGUAUAAGAAUUAUCUAUAAUGCCAGAGGAACUGAGUCCAAAAAAUUCAAGAAUUUGCUAAAGAACCUAUCAGUUAAACAAGGUAAAAAAUUUGACAGCCCAGCAUCUGUUAGACAAAUCGUGCCUUUUAUCAAAUUUCACUCUCUAGACAUCUCACAGUGCGAAGAAACCGAAUACAAGACCUUCAACGAAUUUUUUUACAGAAAGCUCAAACCCGGCAGCCGGUCUCCAGAAGUUGAUGAUCCACAGAUUUUACUAUCCCCAGCAGAUAGCAGGUGUACAGUUUUCUCUAGCGUGAAGUCCUCGAAGGAAAUUUGGAUAAAAGGCCGGAGUUUCACCCUUACCAAACUUGCAGGAUCGUAUCGCCCCGAAGUUUAUAACGACUCCUCGUGCAGUAUAGGUAUUUUCAGAUUGGCGCCCCAGGACUACCAUCGAUUCCAUUGUCCCUGUGACGGUGUCAUAGGGAAACCGCAGAGAAUAUCUGGGGAAUACUAUACUGUGAAUCCCAUGGCAGUGAGAACGGAAUUGGAUGUUUUCGGGGAAAACGUUCGAGUUGUGGUACCGAUUCACUCUCCGGAGUUUGGGACCAUUCUAUACAUCGCCGUGGGCGCAAUGAUGGUCGGCUCCAUAAUUCUCACCUGCAAGGAAGGUGACAGUGUUCAAAGAGGGCAAGAGCUUGGAUACUUCAAGUUUGGUGGCUCUACCAUUCUUCUUGUUAUACCUACUCAAAAUGUUUUGUUCGACACAGAUCUGCUGCAAAAUUCCAAUGAACGGAUCGAGACAUUGGUCAAAGUCGGUAUGAGCAUCGGGCAUACACGUUCAGUCAAAGAGCACAAACGUGAAAAACAUGUUCUUACGAAUAAGGCAGAAAUUGAUAAAAUCAAAAGAAUAAUAUCUGUCUCCGACGAAGCUGCUGAUCAUAUCGGGAAUGUGACCUGGGAAUUUCGCAACCUCCAAAGAAGACUUGCAGCUCAACGUAAUGUGUUAGAUACAACAGAAAUCUCAGACUCCAAUGAAACUGCUAAGGACCUCGAGUUAAUGAGCAUACUCUCCGGGUAG